CUAAAAACUUGUCACAAAAAUGACUCUUUUUCUCCCUUCAAUAUUUCUUUUGAUACUAUCUUCACUUGCCCAUUUUUCAUCUUCAAACCAAAUUCAACACAACUUCCAUGAAUGUCUUUCUAUCAUCCAAACCCCCAACACUUUCUUCACCCCUCAAAGCCCUAACUACACCAUAAUUCUCAAUUCAACAACGGAAAAUCUCCGUUGCAUAACCCCUUCGAAUCCCAAACCCGAGCUAAUUUUCACCCCCUUGAACGAAAGUCAUAUUCAAACCGCCAUUAUUUGUGCCAAUAAGCUCAAGAUUCAACUCCGAUUUAGAAGUGGAGGCCAUGAUUAUGAAGGGAUCUCUUACACGUCCGCUAUGGACCCUCCAUUUCUUCUUAUUGAUUUGUCGAAGAUGCGUGCCAUUAACGUUGAUCUUGACGACAAUUCCGUUUGGGUUGAGGCUGGUGCCACAGUUGGUGAACUUUAUUAUAGAGUUGCGGAGAAGAGCAAAACACAUGGGGUCGUGGGAGGGCUAUGCACAAGCCUCGGCGUCGGUGGUCAUUUCACAGGAGGCGCGUACGGCUCCAUGAUGAGGAAAUACGGGCUAGGAGUCGAUAACGCGCUUGAUGCGAAAAUCAUCAAUGCCAGGGGUGAAAUCCUGGAUAGAAAAUCAAUAGGCGAGGAUGUUUUCUGGGCGAUCCGAGGUGGUGGAGGGGGGAGUUAUGGAGUAAUAGUUUCAUGGAAACUAAAACUCGUCCCCGUUCCUAGCAUUGUCACAGUUUUCAAUGUUCCAAGAACAUUGGAACAAGGUGCCACUAAGAUUCUUUACAAAUGGCAAUAUGUGGCCCCACAAAUUGAUGAUGAUCUUUUCAUGAGAGUAUUAAUCCAAAACAUGAAUCUACCAAACACAACUAAAAGAACCAUAAGUACAUCUUACAAUGCGCUCUUCCUAGGAGGAGUUGACCGGCUCUUAGAGAUCAUGAACCGAAGUUUUCCCGAGUUGGGUCUGGAUAAAACCGACUGUUUCGAAAUGAGUUGGAUCGAAUCCGUCAUGUUCAUUGCAGGUUUCCCCAAAACCGUCCCGGCCUCCUUCCUACUCACCGCGAAACCAGCUUUUAUUAGCCAGUUCAAAGCUAAAUCAGAUUUUGUUAAAACCCCGAUCCGGGAAACAGGAAUGGAAGGGAUUUGGAAGAGACUAUUACAAGAAGAAAGGCCACUCAUGGUGUGGAAUCCAUAUGGAGGAAUGAUGGGGCGGAUUCCAGAAUCAGCAACACCAUUUCCUCAUAGAAAUGGGGUUCUUUUCAAGAUUCAGUAUGUCAACAGCUGGAUUGGGGAUAGUAAAGAUGCAAUGAAGAAGCAUUACAAGUGGAUCAGAAAGUUUUACAAGUACAUGGGUCAGUAUGUUUCAAAGGAUCCAAGAGAAGCUUAUGUGAAUUACAGAGAUCUUGACCUUGGAAUGAAUGAAAAGAACGGUGAUAAUACAAGUGUUGUCAAGGCAAGUUCAUGGGGAAGACGGUAUUUUAAAGAUAAUUUCAUGAGGUUGGUAAAGGUGAAAACUGAGUUUGAUCCUGACAACUUUUUCAGGCAUGAACAGAGCAUUCCAUUAGGCUUCUAAUAACACAUUUUCAUGCCAAACUUUGUGUUUUUAUGAGAAUAAGGAAUCAUGGUUUGUUUAUAAUGAUAAAUCAAAUAUAAUGAUUCUGAACAA